UUUUAGUUAGGUGCAGUUGAUAUGAAUCUGGUUGGGAGUCCCAAAGACUCAGAACUGAACAUAGACGUUCGUAUCGACCUAACACAGUUUUAGUUUUUAUUUUAGUUUUGUCUCAUAUAAAAAAAAUUACAUUAGCUGUACAUUUGUGUAUAUAGAUUUUAUUUUAUAUUUUUAUACAAGUCAACAAGAUGGAACUUAAUUCUCUUUUAAUUCUCCUGGAGGCUGCAGAAUACUUGGAAAGAAGAGACAGAGAAGCAGAACAUGGUUACGCGUCUGUUUUACCGUACAAUAGCGACUUUUCCCGAAAGAAAACGAAAGCUUCGCCAAUUUCAAGAAAAACUCAGAACAAUAGAUCGUCACACAACGAGCUGGAGAAACACAGACGUGCCAAACUACGGCUGUACCUUGAGCAGCUGAAGGAGCUGGUUCCUUUGGGUCCGGACAGCACUAGACACACCACACUGAGCCUGCUGAAAAGAGCCAAGAUGCACAUCAAGAAGCUGGAGGAGGCAGACAGAAAGGCUCUGAACACCAAAGAGCAGCUCCAGAGAGAGCACCGCUACCUCAAACGACGUCUGGAACAGCUGGUGAUGCCUGGAGGCGUGGAACGUACCCGAACCGACAGCCUAGGCUCCACCAUCUCCACCGACUCAGAGCAAGAGGUGGACAUUGAAGGCAUGGAGUCCCCCCUGGGCGAGGGUGAGCUGGGUGAGGGGGACAGCGUGGACGAGAGCAUCAGUGACGACGGCCUCCUAGAGGAGGAGGAGGAGGAGGAGGACUACAACCUGCAGAGCAGCUCCAGCGACGCCAGCUACACACAGCAUUCCUCCCACAGACUGCAGCCGCACCACUGCUAGGGGCCACCAGGGGGCCCCUGAGGGCCACACCUCCAAUCAGCCCUCUAUGACCCCAGCCCCGCGUACCCUCCUAUUCCCUUCCUACCCCCCCUAACAUUGCCCCAGCACGCACCCCCCCAGCCCACGCUACGCCGUCAUCAGCCACCCCCCCAGCAAACAGCGGCUGUGGUCUCCCCCACCCAUCCCCAAUGUCCCCAUUGGCGCUUAUUCCCUGGAACCAGGAAGUAGACUGUAGACGUUCCUGUCGUGGCUGACUUCCUGACUUUCUCCUGUCCUAACCCCUACACCACACCCUACCUCACCCCUAUCCUAUCACCCCUUAUCCUGCUUAUCUUGCCUAACCUGACCCCCAGACCUCCCUCACCUCUACCUGUUGUUGUGGCUGCAGGCUCGGAUAUAGCAGAGCAGUUUCUGGUUUUGUUGGGGACCUCUGUGGUGUGGUGGCAGACAGCUUUGACUAGUCAAUGGGAACUCAGCGUGUGUGUUUAACUGUGUGUGUGUGUGUGUGUGUGUGGCAUAGUUGUGUGUGUGUGUGUGUGUGUGUGUGUGUGUGUGUGUGUGUGUGUGUGUGUGUGUGUGUGUGUGUGUGUGUGUGUGUGUGUGUGUGUGUGUGUGUGUGUGGUAUAGGAUAGAGCAUUAGCUGGGGACAAACUUCAACUCCGUCAAUUGAAUGAGGCACACUUUCUGAUGGAGAAAAAAAUGGAAUGUUCUAUUGGAACAUAUCUCUUGUUAAUCUACAAACCCCAAACAAUGUUACCAAAUGUACUGGACAUUAGGAUCAAUAUUUCUAAGGGCAGCACAUUGAUAUCUCUCCCUCUGGCUGAGUUCCUUAACCACUACUCCACACUACUGAACACGACACUAGAAGUGGGUCUGAAAUGGCACCCUAUUCCCUAUAUGGUGCAAGUGUCUGAAAUGGCACCCUAUUCCCUAAAUAUUCACACACGGUGCAUCCCCAGAAUCGAAAACUAUACUUUACUUUUCAGUAGCAUAUUGAUGUAGCAAUAAAACACGAAAGAUACUGCUUUCUCAAGCAUUUAAGCGAUUCUGGUGGGUCAAUUUUGUCCCAAAAUGGCGGCAUGAUUGCCCUCUUUUACUAAGUUAUAGAGGACAACUGGGCAUUUUGGAGGGGAAGACAGUGGAUCAGCAGGAUCAGGCUAACCCUUCUUGUUAUUCACUAAUAGAUCCAUUUAUUACCCUGCUGUCAUCAGUCUACUCCUAGUUCCAACAGUUCUAGAUGUGUGUAUGCGUGUGUGUGUGUGUGUAUGUAUGCAGGCGUGCAUGCGUAAGUGUGUGGGUGCACGGUCGGUACACAUUGACAAGUCAAAGCUGUAGAAGUGCAUCAAAAUAAAAAGCCAGCUCUAAUGAUCAGCUCUCUGUAGAGGAAUAGGUAUUGCAUUAAAACUAAUCAUAACAAUGCUUUCAUUUCUCUAACUCAAAAGUAGAUUCAUGUAUUUUCUCUGCAGCUUUGGGGACAUUGUAAAAGACCAAUGUAAUGUAUUCUUAGAAAUGUACAGCACUGUCUCCAAAGCCAUGCACACUAGUAUAAAAUAUUGACGGAAGAGGCAUAUCUUUGGCCUUCUGAACAUUUAACCGUUUAGGCCUGAGUUUCUCUCGUAAUCCUUAGAGCUUGGCAUUCCAACACUUCAAAAAGGGCCAGUCCACAACUUGGCAGGUCUGACCAAAAAAAGAAAAAGAAAAAAAUCACAAAAGACUUAGAAAAAUGUUGCAAUGAAAAAAAAAAAAGCUAUCGGUCACUGAAAGUGAUAGUGUAGUCUAUAUUUUCUAUUCUAUUUUCCUAAAUGUUCUCGUUUAACGAAAAGACAAAAAAGAAGAGUAUAUCUAUAUAAAUAUAUGACAGACAGACAGACAGGAAGCCAGGCUAGUUGAAGGUAGAGAGAGUGUAGAACAGGGAAGCUAGGAACCUGGUUGCCCCCUUCUCUAGAUCUCUCCCCAAUGUCAUUCUGUGCCUUGGUGAGCCUUGGUGACUGUUGUCGUGUGCCCCCCUCCCUCCUCCUCCCUCCAUCCCUACUCAGGUCUUGACCCUGCUACACACUCCCCGAACAUUCACCCCCUUGCCCCCCAGCUCCACCCCUUUUCGGAGCAGAUGAACACUUUGUUUUAACCCCUUCCACCCCAAGCCAAAGGGUAAAUCUGACUCCUCCUUGAGUGAAGAAGGGGCACGUGAAGAACUGAUUUUAGCCCCUUUUGCCUCCAUCGAGUACUCCUCAAGGUGUACCCCUGGUGCGGUUGCCAGGUACGCCCUACCCACUUGACGCCUGCCUGCCUGCCCUGCCACGCAGCUUAAAGUCAACACUGACCAUACUGGUAACUCCCGAUGGCAGCUUCCAUUCACCCGCCCUGGCUGGUCAUUAUUGGGGUUCAAUCAGUAGGGGUUUAAACUGCUUAUUUUGUUGUUGUGGCAGCCAUUUUGUUUUGGCUCUGUUUAUGAAAUGCACUUGUUUUUGAACAGGAAACCAUUGGGUGAGGAGAAGGGAGGAUAAAUCCAAUCAAUGAAGGCAGCUCGUGGUGUUCUCCUCCCUCCCUCCUACCGGUGGCACCUUCCCUACUCUACUCUACUACCAUAGUUUUACCGUGACCCUGGUGGUCAUGGUAGCGUCUCGAGACACAGCAAUAUGACCAUCUUGUGCUUUUUAAAGAGGAAGUGGGCGGUUGGUUGGUAGGCAGGCUUGGGUUUUAAAGAAGAAGAAAAAGCCAGAUUCGUGCUUCGACUGUGGUUCAUUUUGUGACCAACAAUGUUAACAUUUCUGUUGAUGGAUUUUACCUCUGAACUCUCUCCAUACACUGAAGGAGGGCGAAAAGAAACUAACCGAGAAAGAUAAAGGUCUUGAGUUUACAUUCAUGUCAAGGACCUAUGUACAGAUGUACUACUCUUUCAGUUUGCUUUUGAAAUGAACAACUGAGUAAAACUUGUCAAAUGAAAACAAAAUAUUCUCUUGCACAGAACCUCCCAUCAGCUAAUGUGAGGCAAUGAUUAAGUAAACGGAAACACACGUGGGCCAGGUAUGAGAUUUCUCAUUUUCAGCGACAUCAUUUUCUAAUGCACAUAGCGCACGUUCAGAAGAGUGAGUGGUUGGAGGGCAGGUGUAUUAGCAGGGGAGGAUACUGAUUCAGAUACUGUUACAGAUACUGAAUGUAGGAGCAAAAGAAGUUGAAAAGACGUUAAACAGACGUCUUUUUGGUUGAAAAGACGUCAUCUUUUCAACGUCUUGCGCUCACUAGGUUUCAGGGAAUAAGACUGCUGGAUAGUGGUUAUGGAAUUUCUUUCAAUGAUGUGCCUUGAAAAUAACUUUGUUUUCUUUUAACCAGAGAGAUUGUACUUAAAGUGUGACAGAGAUUGUUGAGCAAAUCACUUGGCGAUAGGCAUUGAACACUAAAUGUGUUGAUUGGUGAAUGAGUUUGGAAACACCUGGGAAAAGUAUCGAUUGAAAGAUGUGUGCACGACUCUCAACCCUUUCACAAUGCAAAAACGACAUUAUUGUAAAAGUAAUCAAUGGUGCUGUCCAACAAACUUCCUUUAAAGCGGAGCAGAACUGAAAUCUCGACAGCUAUGGGGGGGUGGGGGGGGUAGCACACUUAUCAAUCAAAAUGUGUUGACUUUUGUCGAAGACGAGAGGUGGUUGAUCCCUGCUUUAAAAAUCAUCUGGUCUGAAACGUAUCCAAGUGUGUUUGAUUUCUCUUUUCAAAGCACAAAAGCACAGCGAAAUGAUGAUUGUCUGUCUGCCAGGCUAUUGCUACCAAGGGAGUCAGCAGGAGGGUGGGGGGAGAGAUUGGGGUGAAAUAAGGUUGAGGCUCAGACCAAACAAGCGAAGCAUGUAUAGAGGCAAGGGAAAAGUCAACAGACGGACAUACACUCAAACCUGGGUUCAAAUAGUAUUGAGAAAUCUCUAAAAACACUUUAGCUUUGUUUGAUUGUGGCUGUCUGCCUGUUUUUUAUGGAAUGGGCCCAAAAAGCAAAUCCCACCCAUCUGGCAGGCAGGCAGACUUAACAAGCAAAGUAUUUGAACUCUUCCUAUUUGAGCUCAGGUCUGACAGUUACUUUCAGAGACAAAUAGAACCCAUUCCUGUCCUCUUCAAGUGCAGCGCUAUGAACAAACAAUCGAAUAAUGCCGUAACGAAAACCCGAUUCCUGCCAAAUAACUAGUCACUUUGAUUUUCUUUCCACCCCCUUGCGGACAGUCAUCAGAUACCUAUGGAAUCCCAUCUUAAAUCAGCUUUAAUAGCAACAUGAAAUGUAGAUUUUAGUCCAAGUGUAUCAUUGUCUCUCUUUUUAAUCCCUCACUAACCCUUUACUGUUUUUUCUGUUUCUUUCUGUGUGACAUUGCUAGAGCACCGUCUGAAGAUAGGAAGGAUUUUUUCCCCCUCCUUUAUGUUAAGAGUUCUGCGAUCGUUCUCUUGUUGUCGUCUUGUUGUCGAAGUUGGCAUGAGAGAACUCUUAGUCCCGAGGGUGUUGUGUGUCCCGUUGAUAGACUGUUUAGGGGCUCCGGAACUUUGGCCAGAGGGGGGGCUGGUUGAGAUUAGGUUCAGAGGGAGGGAGAGGAUGAAGGGGGCUGAGGGAGGUUGGCAUCGUAGUCAGGCAAAACACUGAGUAGGGAGAGUUCUGUGCCAGAGACCUGUGAAUAUGUUCCUUUAAUAGCAGAUGUUGUAAUAUGCUUUCAAAAGAUGUGCUAUAUUAUAUAAGUUCCUAUGUAUGGAUACAUGAGUACCUGGUGCUGGAUAACAUUUUGGCACACACUUGAAGGUAUUACGAUGUAUUCUUUAAUUGUAAUAUAAUAAAAAAAAAUGUUUUUUUACA